AGUCAUCAUCCACCCAUCCAAACGCAUAUCCUCUUUCGACAGAUCGACAAUCAGGCUGCUUCUCCCUGUCAGCCCACUGACUGCAGCCGGGUUGGAGACAGAGGCGCCGGGCAGGAUGCGCGAUGGGACAGGCGUGCGGACACGCGCUCCUCUGCCGUAACCAACCUCCGUCCUCUGAGAUACGUGGUCAGCAAGUGUUUCUGCGUCCUGAGGAAAGUUCAGCCCCGGCUCUGGGCACCAGACACUCCACCACGUUGUCCGAACAGCUCCAGGAUGCUUUGCUGCGGCUGGCAGCAGUUGUUGAUGUACGCUCGCUCCGAGUGGCCCUGCGAGACAGCGUUCAGGAGCUGCUCCCCAGCACGGAGUGUGUGUGCAUCUAUGUCCUGGAAGGAGACUCCAGGCUGCUGUCUGAUGACCCGCCGCACGAAGUGCCACAGGAGGGCAAGAUCAGGAGUGCGGUGGAGCAGCAGAAGCGCUGUCAGUGCGCUGGCUUCCCUCCAUCCGAACUGCCGGAGAAAUACAGGAUCUUCCUAGCGGCGCCGUUACCGGCACACAGGAGAGCUCUUGUAAUUCCUAUCUUGGAUCAGGAUCACAGCAAGGUUCUUGCCGUCUUACUGGUGGGAUGUGGCCCGCUAUCAGAUCAAGACGAACUGCAUCUGAAUGUGCUGGGAAAACACGCCUCAGUGGCAUGCGUUCGCAUCCAGGCUGUGCAGGCGUCCUAUCAGAGGCCUCCUCUGAGCCCAUCUCCCCUGCAGUCCCACAAUGCUCUGCUGCACCUCAACGUAGCCGAGCAGGACUACUGCGAGCUGGACCGCAACAUUCUGCAGCUCUGUGGUGAGCUCUAUGACCUGGAUGCUGCUUCUCUCCAGCUCAAAGUCAUCAAUUAUCUUCAGCAGCAAACCAAGUCUCAGUGUUGCUGUUUGUUGCUGGUUUCUGAGGAUAACCACCAGCUUUUCUGCCAGGUAGUUGGAGACAAAGUCCUGGAGGAGGAGAUCAGCUUCCCGCUGAUGUUUGGGCGCUUUGGUCAAGUCGUGGAGAAAAAGAAGUCUAUAUCCCUCCAGGACAUCAGCGCGGAAGAGCGCAGGCAGCUGUCCAGUAUGCUGGGCUGCGAGGUCUCCUCUAUGCUUUGUGUCCCCGUCGUCAGCAGGGCCACUGGUCAUGUGGUGGCGCUGGCGUGCGCCUUUAACAAACAGGGUGGACAGAGACAUACAGAGGCAGACGAACACGUCAUCCAGCACUGCUUCUGCUACACUUCGACAGUCCUCACCUCUACUCUGGCUUUCCAGAAAGAGCAGAAAUUAAAAGUGGAAUGCCAGGCACUUCUGCAAGUGGCCAAGAAUCUCUUCACACACUUGGAUGAUGUGUCAGUGUUGCUACAGGAAAUAAUUGUGGAGGCCAGGAACUUGAGCGACGCAGAGAUUUGUUCGGUAUUCCUCUUGGAUCGAGUCAGCCAUGAGCUGGUGGCGAAGGUGUUUGAUGGCGGUGUUGUUAGUGAUGAAGAGAACGAGUUUCGGAUCCCAGCCGAUCAGGGCAUCGCAGGCCAUGUUGCAACCACCGGUCAAAUUUUAAACAUUAAGGAUGCAUACUCCCACCCUCUGUUCUACCGCGGCGUUGAUGACAGCACAGGCUUCAGGACCCGCAACAUCCUCUGCUUCCCCAUCAAAGAUGAAAACAACGAGGUGAUUGGCGUAGCAGAGCUGGUGAAUAAAAUGAACGGGCCGUGGUUCAACCGCUUUGAUGAGGAUCUGGCCACAGCUUUCUCCAUCUACUGUGGAAUCAGCAUCGCCCACUCUCUGCUCUACAAGAAAGUGCAUGAGGCUCAGUUCAGGUCCACGCUUGCCAAUGAAAUGAUGAUGUACCACAUGAAGGUGUCAGAGGAGGAGGUGACUAAGCUGCUUGUGACUGGGAUCGAACCUGUGAAGGAGAUUCAUCCAUGUUUCGCAGAGUUCACGUACACGCCCCGUUCCCUUCCUGACGACACCACACCUCAUGGCGUUCUGAGCAUGUUUGAAGAUAUGGGCUUCAUCAACACGUACAAGAUUGACCUGAAUACUCUGGCCAGGUUCUGUCUGAUGGUGAAGAAAGGCUACAGGGACCCCCCCUACCACAACUGGAUGCACGCCUUCUCUGUUUCUCACUUCUGCUACCUGCUCUACAAAAACCUAGGGCUGUCCAACUACCUCGAAGACAUAGAGAUUCUUGCUCUCUUUGUUUCCUGUAUGUGCCAUGACCUGGACCACCGUGGCACCAACAAUUCUUUCCAAGUGGACUCGCAAUCAGUGCUGGCUGCUCUCUACAGCUCGGAGGGAUCUGUAAUGGAGAGACACCACUUUGCACAGGCAAUUGCUAUUCUCAACACACAAGGCUGCAACAUCUUUGAGAAAUUCUCCAGGAAGGAUUACCAGAGGAUGUUAGAUCUGAUGAGAGACAUUAUUCUGGCUACAGACCUGGCUCAUCACCUUCGAAUAUUCAAGGAAUUGCAAAGGAUGGCUGAUGAUGGGUACAAUACAAAAAGUCGCACCCACCACUCCUUGCUGCUGUGUCUGUUGAUGACUUCAUGUGAUCUGUCGGACCAAACCAAGGACUGGAAAACAACACGCAAGAUUGCGGAGCUGAUUUACAAGGAGUUCUUCUCUCAAGGAGAUCUGGAAAAAGCCAUGGGGAACAGGCCGAGUGAGAUGAUGGACAGAGAGAAAGCGUACAUCCCAGAGCUACAGAUCAGCUUCAUGGAGCAUAUCGCCAUGCCCAUCUACAAGCUGCUGUCUGAACUGUUUCCUGGGGCCACUGAGCUAUACGAACGAGUGGCAGCGAAUCGCGAGCAGUGGACCAAAGUCUCCCACAAGUUCACAAUCCGUGGGUUGCCUAGCAACAACAGCCUGGACUUCCUGGACCAGGAGUACGAGCUGCUUCAGUCGCAGGGAGCCUUCGGGAGCGACGACCACUGCCUGAACGGCUGCCUUGACGACACAGAGGGAGGACAGGGCCAGUGACAAACCGCGGGGCCUCCGACGUGUUUUUCCUGAAGUUUUCCCGUGGUCCAAUAAGAGGUGAAGAAUACCUUUCUAAAGGCCAACAACAGGCCGAUCUCUCUGAUGUCAACCACCUGCUGUGCUUAGUGGGCCUUGCAGAAUGGAAACUGAAGCAGACGGAUGUUCUAAGUUGAGUGGAUUUAUCUGAGUCACUGUUUUGAUGCUUGAUGUCGCUUGUGUCAGCCAGUCGAGGAGCCUAAAAGAUGACGAGUAUCUUUUUACGUCACACCUUCAUUCGUCACGCACUGAUCCUUCUUGAGAUUGUAAAAACACAAGGAACUGACGCAUAUUCGCACAAACGAGAUGGAAACAUUCGUAGUUUUGGCAAAGACUCCUUCAACGUGUAACAGUGAGAUGAUGUGCUAUACUUUCUGUUACAGCGUAUAUUCCUUUCAGUCGCUACAGAUCCCACCUGCUGCUUAUGAAUGCAUGAUGGACGGACACCUCACCAUAAAUUCAUCUGAGUUCAUUUUCCUCAUUUGUAAGAAAUUAAAGCGUUUGGUUUUUCUCUGCAUCACAGCAGGUUUUUGUCUCCACCUCCUCAGAAUAUAUUCAGACAAUUCAUGAUCUCCUUUUGUUCUUCUUCAUUCUCCCUCCCUCUCUGUUUCAUGCAGUUUAAGGGCAGUUUUAGACAAUCACUCAUCAACAACACCAGAGGCCAUACUUUUAAAAAAAAAAUUAAAUUGUCACAAUGCCACUCAUGCAGUGUGGAAAAGUGUUUUGCCCUCAUUUAAUAUUUCCUUUAUUUGUCUGUUUUGUCAUAAUUUAAAUGUAUCAGAUCAUCAAAAAUGUUUUAUAUAAGCAGAUAGAAUGAUAAAGUAUAAAAUAAAAUAUUUAUUUUUUUUGCUCAUCUACAUAAUAAAGGCAAUUCAAAUCAAAUUUGGCCUAGAUGAAAAAACAAUCCCUGCACUCUGUAACAGGCUUCAACACCUCUCAUUUAAAGCUUGCAAUAAGUCUUUUAAUUUUUUGUGGAGACAUUUUUUCCCCUUCAUUUUUUUCAGAAUUGUUUGACUGAGCCACCUUGAAGCAUUUUGUACUGUGAUUACUCUGUUUAUGGUCGUGCCAUGGCCUCUUAAUAAAAUCAAAACUCAGGAUUUGA